AUGUACUUUAAUGCAGGUCCAAAAAAAACUAAGAAUAAAAAAGACAAGAAGGAACCAAAAAUAAUUAAACCAUUGUUACCACCAGCAAUACCACCACCACCACUAACACAGGGUGAAUUCAUAUGCAUACACAUUGGUCAAGCUGGUGUUCAAGUUGGAUCAGCAUGUUGGGAAUUAUUUUGCCUUGAACAUGGCAUUAAUCCUGAUGGGUCGGUUCAUCAACUGACCACAAGUUCAACAUCAUUUUUUUCUUUAUCUCAGACAGACUCGUACGUUCCGAGAGCUUUGUUGGUGGACACUGAACCUUCAGUUAUAGAUACAAUAAGAGUUGGAAGUAAUCAAAAGCUUUUUCUUACUCAGAGUUUGAUAAAUGGAAAUGAGAGUGCAGCAAGUAACUAUGCCACUGGAUUUUAUGGAUUGGGCAGGAAACUAUCAUCGGCUGUUAUGGAUCAAUUAUCACAUUUAGCAGAGGACUGUAGUUCAUUACAAGGAAUUAUUUUGUUCAGAUCAAUAGGUGGUGGUACUGGAUCUGGAAUGGGUUCAAGAAUUAUUAAAAACAUCAAAAACACUUAUCCCAGCAAAACUAUUAUUGAUUUUAAUAUUUGCUCUUCACCAGAAUUGUCACCAGUUAUAGUGGAACCAUAUAAUGCUGCUUUUACCACUUAUGAGAACUUAGAUGAUGUUAAUUGUUCUUUGCUCUUUGAUAACAAAUCAUUGUAUCAUAUAUGUGGCUCAAAAUUAGAUUUGCCCAAUCCUACACAUGGAAACAUUAAUAAUAUUAUAGCACAGGUCACAUCGGGAAUCACUUCAUCACUCCGGUUUGAAGGUUCAAUGAUGAAUAAUAUUACAGACUUAUUAACAAACUUAAUACCACAACCUAGAUUGCAUUUCCCAAUAAUUACAUACGCUCCUAAUACAAACAAUAUUCAUUUUAUUCCAUCAACGUGUACCCAAUUAGCUGCAAUGAGCUUUGAUCGUACUAACCAAAUGAUCAAAAUUGACCCUGCUCUAGGAAAAUACGUAUCAGUUUGCAUGAUGUUCCGAGGAGAUCUGAAACCAACCGAUAUAAAUACAACCAUUGCCUAUAUUCAAAGAGAACAUUCUUUUCCAGUAACAGGAAAUAUGAUUUCUCCAAUAUUCAAGUUUGGUCUAUGCUAUCAACCUAUCAUCACCACGUCAUGUAGUGGAACCUUUGCGGCUUCCAGGGCAAUAACAACAUUGUCAAAUAAUACGGCGGUUAAACAUCGCUGGAUUAACAUGAUGAAGAAUUACAACAAAUUGUUUUCCAAACGAGCAUACUUACACCAUUAUAUUGGUGAAGGUAUGGAUGAAGAAUUGUUUAAUGUAACCAAUGAUAAAAUUUCAAAAUUAAUUGAGGAAUACAACCAAGUUGAAAGUACUCAACAAUCUUAACACCAAAAUUGUUGUUAAAAUUAUAUUUCUAUAUAAUG